AUGAACUGCGAAUUCAUUGAAGACGCGCAUAGCGAAUUCGCCCGGCUAUACAAUGAAUAUAAUUGGCAAAUCAGAGCCGGUUGGCACAAAUUUGACAGAAAUGAGCGGGCGAGACUUUUCCUGGAUUAUUUUAACGACGGCCCUUCGGAUCUCCACGUCGGGAACAAGUCUGAGGAAUUGAAGAAGAAGUCAGUGAUAGUUCCCGAAUUGAACCUGAAAGAUGUUUCGACAAGUGCAAAAUUUCUCUUGAAUCACUUCAAACACCGUGCUACGAUGUCUUUAUUUGAGCAGUAUCGAGUCGGUCCUGACGGUGCACUCGGCGAUGGCCCUUUCGUUACUGAGAAGGUGAACCAGAAGAAACUUACACCACGCGAAAAUCGUCCAGACUACUAUUUUGUCUAUACAGAGAAGUGGUAUGGAGAUCUCGUUAGGCUUGACAAAGAAAACGAAGAGACAAAGACAUUGAUUAAAGGCGGCGAUUGUGUUUCGUACGGAGUGGGAUCACUAAUUUGGAACAGACAGUAUACCUCGUUGAUGGAUUUUCGAUUUCUGAUCCUGAGAAUGCUUAUGAAAACUCCUCGAGCAUGGUGGACCGAAGAGCAGUGGGAAAGGGUCAAUGAAGAGCGCUCGAAUGCUGUAGACAAGGUCACAGAGAUGAUCAAGGAUAAUCUGGCAACCGGAAAGGCGCCGGGAAAGGUCAUCCCGUUGGCUACGCUACUCUUUGUUGCUAACAAACAGAAAGAUGACCUCGAGGAUUACUUGGCUAUUCUCCGUGAUGAGCCAUCUGUGCUUGUUUACAAUGUCAACUCCUGGCUGCUCAGCCGGCCCGAACUAGUUACAGACGAUAGAGGCCGCAACCUGCCACCCGAAACCGACAAAGACAUCAGCUGUGCCAUUUUCGAAGUUGUCCGUCGCUGGGUCCAGAAAUUUACCAUCAAGAGCUACAUUUACAAUCUCUUGAAGAUGUUUGACAAUCCGAGUAGCAAUUGGGAUUACAAGCGCGUCAUUCUUCAGGAAAUUUCUAAUGUAUUCCACUUCGAGUACAGCCGCGCUCAGGCUCACCUCAUCAGGCACGUCCAAACAGGAAUCGGGGCGAAAUGUUUUAGGCGUGUGCCCAACGCUUACGAUGAGGCCGGAAACCCAAGAGUCGUUAUGAGGGUCAAGCCAGAAGAGCUUAAUGGGCGUGAUCCUCUUCUGCAAUACAUGCUGCGCUUAUGCCAGUCCCAGACACAUGCUUCACAGGCAUUUCAGUGGAUCAAGAAGUUGGAUGAUCUAUACGACUCCAAACCAUCCUCCUGGAAACCCCUACAACAGAGAGAGAUGGAUGCAUUAAGCGAGCUAAUUACGAUCAUUAAAACUAUGCAAGAAUUGCAAAUGGCCCUAUCGGUACCGUCUCUCUCUCGCAAAACAGGACAAACGUUUAUAAAUGGAUCCCGGGAGUUGGAUUUAUGCUUGAAUGAAAUCCGGAAAGAAAUUGAUUUACAGGAAUUCUCAGUGCCAAUCAAUAAGCUACUCGAGCCCGAAAUAGCAAACAGGGCGUUGGCUCAACUCGACGAUUUGGUUGCAGCCCAUACUGGCUGCAAAAUGGACUUUUUCUGCCACUUCGUUGUGCAAUAUUGCUUGGCAUAUCACCGAGCCCAAUCUCAGAAGACUCAACAGAAUGAAUAUCCUUAUACAACCGCUUAUUGCAUCUCAGAGGGUGUGGAUUUAAAGAAAUACGAAGAAAAUAGAAGUUCUGCUCAAACAUUAGCGUCUGAGAAUGAGCAAACUGUCAAGAAGCGGAACGAAGAACAGCUGCAGAAGUUGCAUGCCAAUCCAGCGGCGAAAAAGGUCUUCUCCACUCUCUUUAAAGGGCCAAAGGUCGGAGCCUCGAUCACUUGGACUGCGUUCAAAAGUGCCAUGACUGCCAUGGGGUUUUCCGUUACAGAUGGGUAUUGCGGCUUUUACACAUUCGCUCCACCGCGUAACAUGCCUGUGAAGACAUUCUUGACUGUUGUCCGGCCUCUCAAUUCUAAAAUAGAAGGGCAUCUGAUACCAACAUUGGCACGCCAGCUGAAGAAGGCGUACGGAAAAUUCAUGCCUUUUGAUUGA